AUGAAGACCCGUGUGAUCACCGCACAACAAGUCGCGCAGAAACGCUUUGGCACACGCGGACAUGACGCCCGUCAGGCGCAGCUCGCAAUAGAAAGUAAGUUUGCUGCACUGAAGAGCCAGAAUCCACAGGUCUACAUCUCAUCUGACAUGGCGACAGAACUCAUUGCAGACGUCUUUGAUAAAUUCCCGCUGAUCAAUUUCGGUGCGCGGAAAAGCAAAGGCGAAGAAGAUCCUGCAAAGGCUUGGGUUUGGGGAGGCUCAAAUAGAUGUCAGGUACAGACAUCGAGCAGAGGAUGGCGGGUGCAGAUUGCAAAAGCGCUACUUGUUGGCACAGACAUCCUCCUACUCGACGAACCAACGAACAACUUUGACCUACCUGCUAUCCUAUAG